AUGGAUCGCUUAUCUCUUGAAGACAAGGGUGUAGUGGAAGUACCCGCUUGGCUGUCCGAAGUAUAUACCGAGGACAUUCUCAAGGCUGUGGAGGCCAAGAAGAAGGAUUCCUCCAAGAAGUCUAGUGAGGGUGCCUCUGGCGACUUCGCCAAGGAACCCACCUUGCCGGCUACUAAGAAGCGUCCGGCAUCUUCGACGGAGGCUCCUAAGCCCAAACAACCCUUCUUUAAGAAGAUGGGUCCGGCCGACGCUGUUACCAAGCCGUCGGUACCAAAACCGUCCGCUCCCCCAGCUGAGGGGGAGGUUCCUCCUAUCCAGACGCCCAUUCCUCCUCCUGAGCAAAAGGAGAUUCCAUCCCAGGUGGACACUGAAAUGGAUGGCUCUGCCGGAGCAGCAACUGACGAGGCAGCAGUCGAUCAGACUGCAGCGGCUGACGCCCCCGCCUUGUCCAGAGAGGACAAGGGUAAAGGCAAGGAGACUGAGGCUCCUUCUACUGAUAAUGCCUCUACUCCUCCUGCAGCUUCGCCAAUUGAGGCGAAGGAUAAAAUCCUUGCCGAUGUGUAUGCGGCCAUCCCUGAGGAAUACGUGAGGUCAAUCCCCGGGAUUGACUUGGGAUUCUUUGGGUCCAUUCAGUCUCUCGUCCUUGAUCUUUUCAUUCGCUGUGCCGAGAGUAGGAACUACCGCUUUGAUAUGUACAAAGAGAUGCUCAAGCACAAGGACCAGAUCGAGAAUCAUGAGCAAUACGCUGAGAAGACGGCCAGGUUGAUCAACUUGGACGCGGAUAAGAAGAUUGCCCUGAAGACGGAAAAGCUGAAGAAGGCCGAGGAGGACGCUGAGAAAUAUGAAAAGAAGCUGCGAGAACAUGAGGGGCGGCUUGUCGAGCUGAGAAAGGAGUACUCUUCCGUUUUAGAACGGGUGACUGACUUCUCGUCCAAGGUGAAUGUUCUGGAAGGUCAGCUCAAGGCCAUGCAGGGGAAGAUCGAGGCCGUGCGCAAGGAGGCUGCAAGCUCUUUUAAGUUGGGCGAGGAUUCCAUCUUGGAGAGUGCCCAAAAGGCGUGGGAUCAGUCUAUGGACGGAAAGGAUUUUUCCUGGUUCAAACGCCGUAUCUCCCACCAGAUAGCUGUUUCGACGGCUAGGCGCUUGGGCUUAGAUCCUCCCGAGUUUGUUAGUGACGGGGAGGAAGACGUCGAAGAAGACGAGGUGAACUCCCCUGAAGGCCAGGACGUCCAGGACGGGAGUUCCAUUGCCCCUCUUCCUUGA